AUGAGUUGUAAUAUCUCGGACUUGAAGCUUCGCCUUUCGCCACCGCGUCCAAAUGAGAAUAUAAACAAGAGGAGAGUUGGCAGGAACCUUGUUGGCGACAACAUUGGCCGCGUCGAGGAACUUCACUGGAUCAGACUACCUGCAUGGCAAAAAUAUCAGCUUAGGAUGGAGCAGGAGAUGAAGGUCUUGCCUGAAAGGAAGACGACACCUGCUACUGCGACAGGGACUGAACGAGCAAAUAUUAUAGUGGUGUCCAGGCCAAGCUCUUCACCUGACGUAGUAGAAUGCGAAGAAUGCUUGAGGCCAGAAGUAGCUCUUACUUUCCAGCAGCACACUCCCAAUGUCCUUCCGGAGAUCUUCGCCUUCAGCGAAAUCAAUAUCAGGUUGAACGAUGGUCAGACCAGCUUGUUGACUGAUAGCGGCACAGCGAGCCAAGACUUUCAGCCUGGACUUCGAAAUCAGCCUGAAUGGGUAAGAAUGACGAAUUACAGAAGAUCGGGGCACGCCAUCCCUGUAGAAGAGGCAGAUAAUUGUCAAGACCCUGAGCAGCAUGUUCCAACAAAUGGGAAGAGAAUCCGCAUUCGCAUCAGCACGAAUGCCGAGAAUGAUGCCCCUGUUUGA